CGUCUUUCUCCUGCGCGUUUCCUUUUGAGCCUCAUUGUAAACUCGCAAAGGGCAACAACAUACCGAAUCUCCAAGCCUUAGGAAGGAAAUAUAUUCUUUGUCAACCAAACCUCGCCAUGUCUCGGCUUACUCGAUCCCUCCGGCUACCCCGGCCCAAGAGCCUCUUUGGUAUCACCAGCCUCCAGACCGGUACAGAGCUCAUUUCACUGGCCCUCGUCUUCAACAAGAUUACCGGUGUUUACGGACUCCUCGCCAUCCUUACUGGAUAUCAGCUAUCUCUCCUUCAACUCUCGACAUACGUUUACUCCAUCGCUGUCCUGGUUGGACUUGCGAUCCUUACACCUCAUGUCCGACGACAAAGCCCCUUUGAGUGCUUGGCCCUCGCAUGGCUUUACAUCAUCGAUACCGUUGUCAAUGCAGCAUACACCGCAGCUUUCGGCCUAGACUGGUACUUCUCUACUCAACUCAACGAGACAAUCGAAUCCAAGAAGACGGAUCUGCCAAAUUUCGUGGCUGAGGGUAUGCAGGGCCUGCGAAAGGAGGCUGCUAUGCAUGGAAAGGUCGUUCCUCAGGAAACGGCUGCCAGCAUGUUGCUGAUUGUUGGCGCAACGUUGAUCCGCGUGUAUUUCAGCUUCGUCGUCAUGGCGUAUGCGAAGCAGGUGCUGCAAAAGUACAUGCAACUGAUGAUUCUUGAGGGACCUGGUGUUGAUGACCAGGAGGGUCCCUUCGCUGAGGAUCUUCCUGACGGUGAGGGCCGCCGGGGACGCCUUGGCCGUUUGAUGGUUUCUUGUGGUCGCGCUUACUGGCUGGACACCCGAGAGUCUGACGAAUGGGCGCCCAGCCUGGGAGGAUCCAACAAGCCAACUGGCGCGGGUACACUCUCUGGCGAGGUCUAGAAAGUCGUUUGACACGUGGGAUCUGCCGCGGACUGUUGAGCGAAACUAAAAGAUAUACACGGAUAUUUGGAACAUGAACAUUGGCGGCAAGGCCGGUUGCUGCCUCUUUGCAUUUUUGUGGUGCAAGUCAUCACCGGCGGUUGAUGCUCUGCGAUUCAUUCCAUGAUUGAAGGGUCCAACAUACAUAGGAUAGACGGAAUUUUGUUAUGGGGAAGGUUGAUAUACGGAAAUCCUCAGAAACCAGUACAAAGUCCAUGCCGGACACAAAACCGACAACUCGGCCGGCGCGGAGGAAAUGCGGCAUCUGCGGCGAAAACGCGGCAUGCUGUGGAUCUUAUAAACGGCGGCUGCGGAUGGUGUGAGCGGAUGAGCCGACAACAAGUUGGAAAGCGAAAUUGCGUGAUGGGACGAUCCCGGCCUGAGUGCAAAGAUGCGAGAACACAUGAUGGCUUCGCGCCGUUGCAUAUUGGGUCAUCGUGGACCGUUUAGACGCAAGAAUUGUUCCCUUGUUUACGAAGGAUUUGUUUGGGUCAUGAAUUGUGGCAUCAUUUAGGAUAGGACAUUGACAUAAUGAUAAUACCUG